AUGAAGCCUACGAGACACCGUCGAGAGGAGACCCAGCGUGUGCACCGUGUGAGCGGUCCCCUGGAUCGCGACCAGCACCGAAAGUAUCGUCAACACCGGAUUACAGAAGCAUGGACCGGUGCCUCACGAAUGGUGGAAACAUAUAGCGAAGAGAUGAUAAAGCGUUGGAAGGAGGAGAUAGACACAUACCUCGUCUUCGCCGGCCUGUUCUCUGCAGUCCUCACUGCAUUCAAUGUUCAGUCGUAUAUCCUACUCCAGCCGGCCGCACCAGAUCCCUCCCUUGCCGUAUUACAGCAGAUGUCGGCCCAGCUU